AUGACCUCUUCUUCCGAUCCCGUCACCAAUGACGCCGGCCUUCGCCAGCGCCAGAGGAUUAUUUCCUCUGCUGGCGACACCGACGAGUUGAAUCCCGCGGUUCCCCGGGACGACAAGUCUGAGAGCUCUGAAGACGUCGACCAGAAACCCAAAAAGACGUUUGGUCGAACUCCCGAUGGCACAGUCUUCACAGUACCUACGACCCAUGACAUGGUGUCGCAGCUGCUCGAUCCCAGACAGCCCAAGAACCUCUCCGACUUGCUGGUGCUCGCCAUUCUCGCCGUCCACAUCGGUGCCGCCUACCUGAUCCCUGAGGGUUGGAAGCGCUCCGUCUUUGCCCUCGUUUUUCUCUUCUGGAGAGCCGCCUACAACAUCGGCAUUGGCUAUCUCCUCACCAUUCAGUCCCAGCACCGCAGAUUGGAGACGUGGGCUGCGAGAUGGAAACUCUUUGAACAUCCUAGCUCGGGCAAGCAGCCGAGGCCAUGGCUCUAUAACAUGCUCAAGAAAGAGCUCGAGGCCAAGAUCCCUGAAGACUACGAGUUCGAAAAGGCUCCCAUGGAGUACAACACCUGGCUCGUCUUCCGCCGUGUCGUCGAUUUGAUCCUGAUGUGUGACUUCGUGUCUUACUGCCUCUUCGCCAUCAUUUGCGGCCACACUCCGGACGGCGAGGGUCUCUUGCUUGGCUUUGGCCGGUGGGCCGUCAGCAUUGUGCUGGUCCUCUUCAACCUUUGGGUUAAGCUGGACGCCCACCGAGUCGUAAAGGACUAUGCUUGGUACUGGGGUGACUUCUUCUACCUCAUCGACCAAGAGCUGAACUUUGAUGGCGUGUUUGAGAUGGCCCCUCACCCCAUGUACUCGAUCGGCUACGCCGGCUACUACGGCAUUUCCAUGAUGGCGGCGAGCUACGAAGUGCUCUUCAUCUCCGUCAUUGCACACCUCGCCCAGUUUGCCUUCUUGGUGAUUGUCGAGAACCCCCACAUUGAGAAGACCUACAACCCCCCGGCCCCACGCAAGCGGACCAUCUCGACCCAGAUCGGAGACAGAUCCGAGAUCGUCGCCAUCAAGUCGUCUUCGGACUCCGAAGAGGUCACUGUCGAGCAGGCCCCGGUCAACAAAGAAGCCCCUACUCAAGUGCACAACAUGCUUGGCUUCAACAACUUUGACCUGUUCCGCAUCACAGACACUUCCGUCCUGCUUCUCGGGCUCUACCUGGCUAUCUUGACCCUCGUCACCCCCUCGACUGCACUGUUCCAAGCAGUCUUUGUGGUGCAUGCUCUGCUCUGGCGCGUGUGGUACCACCUGGGCCUGGGCGCUAUCCUCUACGGGCAGUCCAAGAACAAGUUCUGGACGAGACACUUCCUCAAGUAUGGCGAGAGCCAUACGGAGGCUUGGAACCAGUGGAAAGGCAUGUACCACCUCAGUCUGGUCAUGUCUGCGUGCUCCUUCCUCGCGGCCUGCUGGAAGAUGUACUCGCCCCCCGAAGACUGGGCCUAUGGCUGGGUCUUGCUCAAGCACGUCGUCGGCGCGGGGCUUGUCGCGCUUCAGAUCUGGACCUCGGUGAGCGUCUACGAUUCUCUCGGAGAGUUUGGCUGGUUUUUCGGAGACUUCUUCUACGAUAACACGGCCAAGUUGACUUACAAGUCCAUCUACCGCUUCCUCAACAACCCCGAGCGCAUCUUUGGAACUGCCGCCUUGUGGGGGCUCGCUCUGAUCACUUGGAGCCGAGCCAUCUUCGUCAUGGCGUUGAUCAGUCAGAUUCUCACGCUCGGCUUCAUCAACUUCAUCGAGAAGCCGCACAUGCAGAAGAUCUACGGCCGGAGCCUGCGUCAAGAAGCGGGACUCACCAAGUUCAUCAAGCGGUCUCUUCCGCCUCCGGUCCAAGGUUGGCAACGAGGUGUCGACAAGGUCCUCGACGGCACGGCGCAGUUCAUCGAGGAAUUCUUGGACACGGCGCGCCCCAAGUUCGCCGCUGGCAUUGAGACCAUUGUUCGCGACACUUCUGCCCUGUUCAACAAGUACCCGGCCAGGUUGACCAUUACCCGACUCUCGCCCGACCUCGCAGGGUUGAACCCCAAGUUCUACUCCCUCACGGUGGCGGGUACUCCUUCGAGUCUAUCUGCCGCGAAUGAGCGGGCCACUGGCAAGGAGAGCGUCAGAGCUCGAUUCCCUCGCGGCGUCGAGACUCAAAUCUUUGAGUACGGCGCCCCCCUGAAGGUCAAGUGGCGAGCACCGGCGAAGCACGACAGCAAGGACUGGAUCGGUCUCUACAUGGUAACCGACAACCACUCAAGAGAGGUCACUGAGGUGUCUUCUCUGGGACGAUGGGUUCCUACCACGCCCGGCAACUAUGACGCGGCCACUGCGGACAAAGCCAUCCUGGCUCCCGACCACCCCGUCCCGAAGAAGGACCCGUCCGAACCCGACCUCGUGGAAGGCGAGGUCAUCUUCGAGGGCGAUCGCCUGUGGUGGACUCAGGGUGUCUUUGAGUUCCGCUACCACCACGCCGGCAGCCACAAUGUUAUGAACAUCUCCCAGCCGUUCGAAAUCCGCAUUGGCAAGUUUGACGAAGAGGACGUCGAGGUCGACGCCAAUGGCAUCUAUGAGAAGGCUGUUGAAGAAGCACUGUUGCCUGUGGUACAAAACUGUUGCGACCGUGACCCUGACAUUGCACCGACUACGGUGGAGGAGACCUUUGGCGGGCACGUCGAGAGGGACGGCAAAUACGCCAAGCGGAUCGUAUAUGCCAUCCACCAGAUGUUUGGCAUUGAGUUUGCCCCAGCAAUAGUUCCCGCCGACGGCAACAUCAAAAAGAUGGCCUGGCGAAUCUGUAACGCGAAGCAAGUCUUGGCACCAUACAGUAUGUCGGCAUCCAGAGGAACCAGCACCCCCACCGGCGCCCCCUUUGAGAAAGCCUAA